CCGCCCGUCUCCCAUUGGCGGCGGGGCGCGCGCCCGGCGGAAGCGCGCCGGGCCUCGUUUCCGGUGCGGCGCGAAGGGGAAGCGGCGGCUGGUGAGGGGCUGAGCUUUGUCACAGAACAAGGGGAAGCCAUGGUGUGCAUUCCUUGUAUUGUCAUUCCGGUUCUCCUCUGGGUCUACAAGAAAUUCCUCGAACCUUAUAUCUAUCCUGUUAUUGCACCUUUUGUUAAGCGUGUAUGGCCUAAGAAAGCUGUGCAAGAAACAACAGCCACAAAACAAGGUCAAGGAGGCAGCACUGGACAUCCACAGGCACCUUUAGCCUUGAAAAGAGAUCAGGAGGAUGAGUCUGGAAUUUAUAAAUUUGAAAGCAAUGGCGUUAUGAAUGGAAUUACUGCAGAGAGAUCCACAGAAGUUUUUGACAAGAAAAUGGAUUAAAGGAAUUAAUUCAUAAGGAUUUUAUUCCCUUCUGUCUGAUAUGAACUGGUGAUAUUUAUCUCACUUUGGCACUUAUUUUUUUGGCACAUGUUAGCUGAAUAAAACCCCUUAUCACUUACAGGAGAGGAUCUUUUGCCACUAAAAUGGCAGCUAGAACAUUUAGUUUAAAAUGUUUAAGAACUGAAGUUCUUUAUUUUCUUCACUGGAACUACUUUUCAUCUAUAAUCUAUUUGGUGUGAUUAGAAUUUAGGUUAAAUAACAUGCAUAAAUCUAGCUUUGGAAGGUAAAUGUUACCAUAGCAUCUUAGUUUCACUAACUGCUGGUGGAAUACUUCAUGCUUUCACUUUAAAAACUAUAGCUGUUCUUGACCUUGCUGAAGAACUAUGAAUUGCAUUGUGGCAACAUAGAUGUCAUGGUAAAUUAUGAUGCAUUUAGAUUUUUCAUGUCAAAUAUGUGGAUGAGCUAAAGGAGUUAAGCAACAUGAAGAACUUACUUAGUUCUAAAAACUAAGAAGGUCUUGAUUUGAUACUUCCAUUAAUAAUUUUCCUUGAAACAUUGUGCCUUUCUUUCCUGAAGAGGAGCAGCAGAGGCAUGAUGCAAGACAAUUGUUGCUUUAUGGUCUGUUGUGGUGGUUUAAAAUGGUGCGGUUCUGUCUUCUAAAAAAAAAGUCUAACUAAAAUCUCUUCUAACAUGCUUGUGGAAUUUUAAUUAGAAUAAACCAGGAUUCUAUUUAAAAA